AUGUCCAUUGAUCGGAAUCACACCUCUCCAAUCGCUGCUCAAGAUACCGAGAAUGGGAAAUCGAGCCCGCCGAAGACCCGUCUCGAGCUUUGGGUAAGAAAAACACCGGAAGGUUAUGUUGUCCCAAUAUCGGGGGGUCUUGCUGGUGCUGUGUCCGGACUAGUGAGCUGUCCGCUAGAUGUGAUCAAGACCAAACUACAAGCCCAAGGCGGCUUUCGAGCUUCAAAGGAUGGGGUCAAGAUUACUACUGCUGCGUAUCGGGGUGUUCACGGGACUGCUGCUACAAUAUGGAACGAGGAAGGCCUUCGGGGCAUGUACCGAGGGCUCGGACCAAUGCUUCUCGGCUACGUGCCGACCUGGGCUGUCUAUCUGACAGUGUACAACAAAGCGCAAGCUUUCUUCAGGACAAGAACGGACAAUUGGUUCCUCGCAAACGUGUACGCUUCACUGAGCGGAGGCGCAUGCUCGACCAUGGCGACCAACCCCAUCUGGGUCAUAAAGACGAGGCUCAUGUCUCAGUCAAGCUCGAGAAUCGCAACCAACCAUUCAAAAGCCCCUUGGCAUUACAAAAACACCUGGGACGCCGCAAGGGUCAUGUACCGCACAGAAGGCCUUCUAUCUUUCUAUUCAGGUCUCACGCCAGCUUUGCUCGGAUUGACCCACGUCGCAAUACAAUUUCCUCUGUAUGAAGUCUUCAAGGAGAAGUUUACGGGUAUUGGGAAAGGGCAAAAGGAAACCGAUGAGGACCGGAGUCACCACUUCUACGGUUUGGCCAUGGCCGUCUUCUUGAGUAAAGUUUGUGCAAGCACGGCCACCUAUCCCCACGAGGUCGUUCGAACCCGUCUGCAGACGCAGCAAAGAUCAGCUAGUACGCCUACAUCACAGGGAAUGCAUUUGAGAGAAGGCUCAACAAAGUCAGGUGAUCACGGACGGACCCCUGGGUUUAUUUCACCUGUUGUAAAUGAAAUUCGAUAUCGAGGCACCGUGCAGACCUGCAAAACCAUUCUUAUCGAAGAAGGAUGGCGAGGCUUCUACGCUGGCCUUGGGACGAACUUGAUACGAGCUGUACCAUCGGCCAUGACGACAAUCCUUACAUUUGAAUACCUCAAGAAGACCAUGUUUCAACUGCAGCGCGACGAUCAAUCAAACGAGGGUGCACAGGGUGCACUUGGGCAGGCUGUUUCAUAA